CCUCCGCCGCCCAGUAUCGGCAGCAGGACCCGGGGCUGGUGUGAUCUGCUAUUGGAUUAAAAUAGCCUCCUGUGUCCUGCCCUCCCAUGCCUGGGCCGCCGGCUGCAGAGCCUCCAGCAUUGUUUGGAAGCAGCAGGAAUGUGAAGAUGGCUGCAGACCUGGGAGAGCUGCUUGUGCCUUACAUGCCCACCAUCAGGGUGCCCAAGUCAGGGGACAGGGUCUACAAGACGGAGUGCGCCUUCUCCUAUGACUCCCCUGUGACUUUCUGAAGGAGGUCUGUAUGUGUGUAUGAGCACAUUCCUUGGAUUUGGAAGGGAACAUGUAGAACGACACUACAGGAAGACAGGACAAAGUGUGUAUAUGCAUCUAAAACGCCAUGUAAAACCGAAAGCAACUGGGGCAUCUGGUGGAGCCCUUCCAAGACGUAUCAAUGGCAAGCUAUUUUUAGAUCUUGAAAUUGAUGCAGAUUUCAACAGUGAUGAUUAUGAGCUUGAAGAUGAAGCCAAACUUGUUAUAUUUCCAGAUCACUUUGAAAUUGCCUUACCUAAUAUAGAGGAGCUCCCAGCUUUGGUAACAAUAGCUUGUGAUGCUGUUCUAAAUUCCAAGUCUCCAUAUAGAAAAUUGGAACAGGAGUCCUGGGAGGAAGAACUACAAAUGUCAAAGUUUGCAAAUAACCUUGUGCAAAUAGACAAUGGUGUAAGGAUACCACCAAGUGGCUGGAAAUGUGCGAAGUGUGAACUACGGGAAAACCUGUGGCUAAACCUGACAGAUGGUUCAGUAAUGUGUGGAAGGUGGUUUUGCUCAGGUAAUGGUGGGAAUGGACAUGCCUUGGAACACCACAAGCAGAUGGGCUAUCCAUUAGCUGUAAAACUUGGAACUAUUACACCAGAUGGAGCAGAUGUAUAUUCCUUUGAUGAGGAAGAAGCUGUUAUAGACCCACACCUUGCCAAACAUCUUGCACAUUUUGGGAUUGAUAUGCUACAGAUGCAAGGGACAGAGAAUGGUGUGAUGGAUAAUGAAGUUAAACCAAGGGUCAGUGAAUGGGAAGUCAUCCAAGAAACUGGACUUAAGCUGAAACCAACAUUUGGCUCUGGCUACACUGGUAUAAGAAACCAGGGGAACAGCUCCUACCUCAGCACAGUGAUGCAGGUCAUCUUCAGCAUACCAGAAUUUCAGAGGGCUUAUGUUGGAAACCUAACACGGAUAUUUGACUAUGCUCCUCUGGAUCCAACACAAGACUUCAGUACCCAGAUGGCUAAACUUGGUCACGGUUUACUCUCUGGACAGUACUCAAAGCCACCAGUGAAAUGUGAGCUGAUAGAACAGGUGAUGAAAGAAGAGCACAAGCUUCAACCAAAAGGUAUUACAACGCGAAUGUUUAAAGCCUUAGUAAGCAGAGGACAUACCGAAUUCUCAUCAAACAGACAACAAGAUGCACAAGAGUUUUUCCUGCACCUCAUUAAUCUAGUAGAGAGAAACAGCAUAGGCUCAGAGAAUCCCAGUGAUGUCUUCAGGUUUCUGGUAGAGGAGCGGACACAGUGUUGCCAGUCAAGAAAAGUUCGCUACACAGAAAGAAUUGACUAUAUUAUGCAACUUCCUGUGGCUUUGGAAGCGGCAACAAAUAAAGAUGAAUUGAUUGCUUAUGAAUUGAAGAGAAGAGAGGCAGAAAAUGCAAAAAGACCACCCCCAGAAAUCGUGCGUGCUAGGAUCCCAUUCAGUGCCUGUCUUCAGGCCUUCUCUGAGCCUGAGAAUGUGGACGACUUCUGGAGCAGUGCUCUUCAAGCCAAGUCUGCAGGUGUUAAGACAUCUCGUUUUGCUUCAUUCCCUGAAUUACUGGUGAUCCAGAUAAAGAAGUUUACAUUUGGACUUGACUGGGUACCCAAAAAACUUGAUGUAACAGUAGAAAUGCCCGAUGUCCUGGAUGUAAAUCAUCUCCGAGCAAAAGGUCUGCAGCCUGGAGAAGAAGAGCUCCCAAACAUUGCUCCCCCUAUUGUUAUUCCAGAUGACCCAAAAGAUCCUUUCCGGAACCAUUUCAUGGAUGCUCCUGACAUAGACGAGUCUUCAGUCAUGCAGCUGGCUGAGAUGGGUUUCCCACUGGAGGCUUGUCGGAAGGCUGUGUACUACACUGGAAGCAUGGGUGCAGAAUUAGCUUUCAACUGGAUUAUUGCACACAUGGAAGAUCCUGAUUUUGCAGAACCAUUAAACAUCCCUGGAUGUGCUGCUGCAUCUGCCCAACCUUCAUUUGGACACCCUGAACUCAACCAACCACCAGAAGAGAUCGUAGCUCUUAUCACAUCCAUGGGUUUCCAGAGAAAUCAAGCUUUCCAGGCAUUGAGGGCAACAAAUAACAAUCUGGAGCGGGCCCUGGACUGGAUAUUCUCACAUCCUGAAUGUGAAGAUGAAGCCGCUAAUACUUCACAAUCUGUAGAUGAGGAAAACAAUCAGCAAUCAAAUGGGAUACUUACCAACAAUGAACAAGAAGGACCUCGAGUUAAAGAUGGAAAUGGAAGAUAUGAACUUUUUGCCUUUAUCAGUCAUAUAGGAACAUCAACCAUGUCUGGGCAUUAUGUGUGUCAUAUCAAAAAAGAAGGAAGAUGGGUGAUUUAUAAUGACCAUAAAGUUUCAGCAUCUGAACGACCACCUAAAGACUUGGGCUACCUUUACUUCUAUCAUAGGAUAGCUUGUUAAGCCUUAACUAGGGGAACUCCUAGGCCUGUAGAAAGCCAAAGAGAGUUUAUACCAGCUCAAGAAAGACAUGCAUAAGGAAAAGAAUACCGAACUGCCAAAACACCAAGAGAUAAAUCUUCAUUAUUUAUAGUUUAUUUAAAGGAAAGUAAUGUUUAAUGCGUCAGAAAGCGUAAUACUGGAAAUUUCGACUUCAGGAAAACGUAAUUUGUUUUGUGCAGUUUUAAAUGGGAAUGGAUGAGUGUGUUACCUUUUUUACUUUAUUACAAGCAUUAGGUAUGUUCUCUCUCUUGGAAGAUUUAAUAACUGGAAAUAUGUGAAUAUGGAAGCUGUCACUUAACUGCACAAUGAAUCCACUAGAUUAGUUUCUGUUGCCCUGCAGUUGUCAAUAAUAACAGCAGGUGGCGCUGUUACUAUAUGUCUGGAUGUGGUGUGGAAGCAUGUUUCUGAUCUGGGUUAUACAGUAGCUGAAAGAACCUUCUAACUUGCCACAAAUAAAUAACAUUCACCCCAUGUAGAAAUAUAACAUAUGACAUAAUAUGCAAAUGUUUCCAGUUGAAUAGAUAUACUGGAAUAUAAAUAGAUAGAAAAGAAUGCAAUAUAUCCAUCUCCAUCUCUUAUUAUUUUGUUUUAGUAAUCUCUCUUAAGCCUCUGCUAAGUCCUUCUUUGCAAUCUGUGUACUUUGCUGGCAAAGUUAUGGAUGUAGUUCAGUAUUAGAACCUUUUGAGAAUAUACACUCACAAUUUCAAGUGAUUCCCUUCUGUGAACCCAUGGCAGUAAGUAGGAUUACUUGCCAUCUAAAAAAGACGUACUGAAUCGCUGGAGGCUCAGCAAAGAUUACAGAGCACUUUCUGGGUCCUAUAGUUGCGUACUUCCUUACAGACUUCGAUUGUAUUGUUUGCAAUUUGGUAUCGUCCUAAAAGAGAAAAUAUAUUCAGAAUUAUAAGCAUCUGAAACCGGAACAGAUGCGCUCUAAAGAUAGAAACAUUCAAAAAUGACUCCUUUUCUAUGUCAACUACAGUCAUAUCUAGCAAGUCCCAUUUAUACCUAUUUGUCAUGUACCUCAUGACAGAGCACAAUAUAAGUCAACGUAAACUGAGUAGAUACUUGUCCAAGUAGGCGGUGCUUUAAAUACGUGGUUUCCUAAUCUGAAGAUUCUGAAAGAAGAAAAAAAAAACUUCUGCCAGUUUGAAAUCUAUAAUUGUGGAUUGUGGAAAGGUCUUCUGCACCAGAAAUCCACAAUAAGGCUGGGUUCACACUACGGUUUGUCAUUACGGUUCCCGUAUACGGCUGGGAGGAGGAGU